CUGAGCGGGGGAAGAGAGGAGGGCGCGUUGGCUUUGCGGGAUCUAUCUUGUCAGCUCCAAACCUACUCGUGCUUUUAUUAUAUGAAAUAAGUGACUGAAGACCUGCAACUUAUCCGAAAGGUCCCACCCCCACUCGCACGGGUUUGCAUUUCUUGGUUUUGCAUGACGUGUUUUGGAGAGAGAGAAAAAAAAGAGGCUUGCUUUUGUUGCGUGUAGUGUGUGUGCGUGUGUGUGCGUGUGCGUGUUGUGGUGGAAAAUGCUGCCCGGGCAGGAGGCAGUGCCAGUAGGCUGCUGUUGUGGGCUAGACUGGAUUACAGAACCGGAGAUCUCUAUUGACAGCACCGAGCAGACAAAAAGAGACUGUGAGCGAAGACAAGGGAAAGAGUCUUUUACUAGACUAUAAAAAGCCAGGGCGAGUGCUAGACCAGUUUUCUACUAGAGAGCGUUUUUUGUGUGUCGCUAUUUGUGCAGUGUUUGUGUCAUCAGAUGAGUGCUUGCACGGGACAUCAGGUUGAAUGCAUUCAUUGUGGUGAAGGUGCAUUUGCUUUUUGGCUGAGAAGAGAGGAAGCAGCAUAUCUUAUUUUAUUUUUUGCACUGGUUGCUGCAUAGUUAAACAUUUGCAUGCAGGAAUGUUGAGUACAUACACCCUGAAGCAAAUGUGUUUGGGGGCUUUUGUUGCAAUUAUGCACGAUUGAAUCACUUUGCAGGAGCUCCACUCCAGGUGCAUUGCAAGAAUGAGUCACAUGACAAGAUAACCUGUGUCCAAGGAGACAAUGUGAUGUUGAACACGCUUGUUGACUGUGACAAAUUGUUCUGGCAUGUGUGGUGAUGCAUUAAAGUUGCAAUGCCGCUGUGUGUACAACAUCUACCAGUAUUGUUGUUCAAGGACAGGCUUUUGCAGUUUUAGAAAUAAAUCGUGAUGUGAUGAUGGUCUGUUUUUGUUAUUUUUGUUAUUCUACAAUUAUUUGAUGGUUACAGGUAGGCAUGGGCCGGUGUGGUCACCUUCGGCAAAAACACUGUAAUGCUACGUUAUUAUUCCAUAGUUGCUGGUCGCACUUUUCCACAAAGCUCCGUUUCCGUGUCAUGUGAUUGAUUAAGUGGUUGUUGCUUGUUGUUGAGUGUUGUUAAUAUGUUGACCGACACCGGCGCUGCUCAGUGCUAACGAGGCAGCUAACAACUUUUGGCAACACAUCGAAGCCCAGGACGUGACAAAGUAUUUCCACGUAGUGGCCGCACUGGACCUCCAUAUCGUAGAAACGGUACGACGCUCAUUUUGAGUGGUUUUGAAACCGAGACUUUUUCAAGCCGUGGUAUACCUUGAAACAGGUAACUGGCCCAUGCCUAGUUAUUUAUAUUUGAGCUGUCAAAUUAUGACAGUUUUCAAUCAGAUUAAUCACAGUUUAUGAAUUAAUUAAUCAUGAUUAAUCACCAAUGUCUGAAAUAUGCCCAUUUUCAUUGUAACAAAAAGAUAAAUGACAGACACGGUGACAUAUAUUUAAUAUACUGUAUGUUUAGUCACAGCUCCAAAUGAGCUGCAGGCUGGAGCAUUUCAAAGUAUUUAGACCAGUAUUGCCAUUUUCAAACAAUGCAAUUUUACCCUCCAUCCAUCCCUCCAUCCAUCCAUCCAUUUUCUAUGCCGCUUGUCCUAUUAAGGUCGCGGGCGUAUGCUGGAGCCUACAAUUUUAUCCUCCAUAAUUAAAGUGGACCAUCUUAGGCAUUGUUGUUUUUUGUGUGGGACAUAGAAGAUUGCUUGGCCGCUCUUUAGUAGUUGUUGUUACUCACUGACGCCCAGUGGUGUCCUACGACCUGCUCUUAUUGUGUUGAUGUUUGGAGUUCAGAGUGUCUGCGAAUGCACCUCGCGGUCGUGUGGUGAAGAAUGACAGAGUGUUGUCCCGUGGAGGAACAGACAGACGUGUGUGUGAGUUGGAGAUUCGUAUGUGGGCAUGGAAUUGUACUGCUGUUGAUGUGUUAAGGUAGGAAUGAAGUUUCUACAGUGUUAGACUCUGUGUACAUCUGUGGGGACGCACCGUCAUGACAGAGAGGUGUGGAUUGCCAUGAUGUGUGCAUGCGUAAAUUACCUAAAAAAUGUUAAUGAAUUCAUUUAGUUAGCCCUCCCCCUCGUAAUUUUUUGCAGCCUCACCAAAGUCCUGUCAAAGUUGUGAUGUUUCGUCUGAAAGUGCCUCCGCAGGUUACAAAGUAAACACAUCAGCUCCCUGGCAAGCCGGUUUGCAGUCCUUGUGUAAGAAGAACAGCAGAUGAGGAGCGAUGCGACGUAACGUGCUGCACUCCCCGUGGUGGAUCUUGCUCCCUCAGCAUACUUUUGCAGAAGAAACAACUUUGCUGUUAUGCUGUUUCAUCAAUCAGUUUUACGACGCUGUUGAAGGAUGUGAUGGACUGCUGCUAGAGACCGAUGGUUGCCUCAAUGCAGUUUUACUUUCCCUUUAGAAGGCUUCACCUGCUGGAUAUUACGUGGUUACCUUGGAUCCAACUUAUCGAUAACAUUCACUUGGAAAACCCCCUCUGGGACUCGAGUGGAGUUGGAGCACCUCCGCUGUUGGGCCUUUGAAGACUGCUUCUCAUUAGGAUAAGGGUUUAUCUGGAGCUUUCCCAUGAAGGACAUGGAUGGCCCUCGAUCCAGUGGCCUGCACAAGAAGAGGAAGUCAAGGUCAGAGAGGACUCGAGAAAGGAGAUCAAACUGGAUAAGUAACAAUCAUGUGAAGGGCUCUGUCUUUCAUUUCUCGUCCGACUCGGAGCGAGAGGGCGACAGGAAGCCCUCCUCGUCCCGUCCUAGACCGCCACGGAGAAAACGAAAGGAGUCUACUUCUGCUGAGGAGGACAUUAUUGAUGGCUUUUCCAUCACUGGGUUCGUGACCUUGGAGGCUCUGGAGAAAAACCUGACCCUGAAGCCCCACGAGCGCAGCGUAAACCAGGCUGGCUCAUUACAUAAGAACAAGUCUGCCAAGGUCUCCAAUGGACUGAACUUGGAGUCGUGUAAGAACAACUGCCACCGUCACCAGCCAUCCGACCAGGAGAACAAUCCCAAUCUGGCUCAUACACGAGGCAAGAGGAAGAAGAAACACCUGAGCAAGAAACGCGCAAAGCAGAAGCCAGGACAGAACAAGUGCAAGGACAGCGACAGUGAGAGUGUGAGUGGCGAGGCCAAGCCUUCUAUGAGAAGCAGCUCCAGAGACCGAUUGACAGAUUGUGACACAGAGACUGACCAGGACGACAAGGUUUCUGAUGCCAGCUCAGAGAAAUUUUUCAGCACAGCUGCACUUAAAGUUCCAGCUUUUGGCAUCAAUGCGCUCUCCACCAAUGGCAGCCAGGAGCCUGACGGCCGAGGCCUCCUCAAGGUGUCAGGCCUAGAGCGCAGUCAGGAGAGGAGCCAGGAGAGUUGCAGGGACUCGCAACCGCCUUCGUCUACCGCCCCUAGUCGACUCGUGCCGCCGCAAUCCCUGCCCCCACCCCAGCCGGAGCACCAACCUUUCCUCCCGAGGUCCCCGUCCUCACAGCGGACUCAGGCAAACUGCCCCACCCAGGCUCCAGCUUCUGUUCACCCGCUUCCACGUUCAGAGGCUCUGUCCAGGCCUCAGACACCUGCAGCCGUGCCUCUCGCCCAGGGUCAAGAGCCCUCACCGGCGCCCCCUCCCCAGCCCCAGCAACUGCCGGAACUGCUAUCCCAACCCCGACCUCUACAUACAGCCAACAUCCAUCGACACCCGCCAUCACCUGCCCCUCUGAACAACCAGCCUCACCCCAGCCAAACAGGGCCACACCAGCCCCCUUCACGCUGUCACCCCAGGCCUCUCUCUGCCUACAACGGCCUCAGCCUCAACGGCCACAGCAGCAGCAGGAGCAGCACCCCUGGGACCAAGCCCCAAGGGCCUCCUGCUCCUUCCUCACACCCUCCCCACCACCCGCCUCCUCCCGUGCCAGGUGCAGCGGCAUCCGCCUUCCCCUUGCCCCUGGUGGCUAACCACAGCACCCCCCAUAGCUUCCCCCCUGCACUGCAGUCCUCACCGCACCUUCAUCACCCCAAUAUGUUCGCUCCUCCAGCGGCUUUGCCUCCACCACCACCGCUGACGUCUACCACCCUGCCAGUACCGGGACAUCCUGCUGCUGGGAGUGCCUACUCAGAGCAAGACCUUCUGCGUCAGGAGCUCAACACCCGUUUCUUGGCCUCCCAGAGUGCCGACCGCGGCGCCUCGCUGGGCCCCCCGCCUUACCUGCGCACAGAGUUCCACCAGCAUCAGCACCAGCACCAGCAUCAGCACCAACACACCCACCAGCACACGCACCAGCACACCUUCACGCCAUUCCCCCAUGCCAUUAUGCCCACCCCAGCACCGUCCAUGGUGCGUACCCCUGCCAGAAAUUUUGACAAAUACCCAACUAAAGUUGACCCCUUCUACAGACACAGUCUCUUUCAUUCGUACCCGCCGGCCAUGUCUGGCCUCCCCCCUGUCAUCCCCCCAACUGGACCCUUCAGCUCACUGCAGGGUGCAUUCCAACCGAAGACCUCUAAUCCACUAGACGUGUCCACUCGACCUGGCGCUGUCCCACAUACUUUCCUACAGAAGGACCCAAGGCUAACGGAUCCAUUCCGGCCCAUUCUCAGGAAACCAGGGAAGUGGUGCGCCAUGCAUGUCCACAUCGCCUGGCAGAUAUACCACCACCAACAAAAGGUCAAGCAGCAGAUGCAGGUCGACCCUCACAAGUUAGACUUUGGCCUCAAGCCCGAGUUCCUGAGUCGACCUCCCGGCCCGAGCCUCUUUGGUGCCAUCCAUCACCCCAGCGAUUUGGCACGGCCUGCCACACUCUUCUCCGCUGCGGGUCCGACACAUCCAUCCGCUGGUCCCUUUGGCCAUCCGCCCCACCACCCUGGAAAUUUUCUCACCCCAGGAUCUCACUUAGGUAAGAACACCUUCUGUCAGGAUGUGGAAUACCAGCAUCACAGUCACACUAGCAUGUUUUGUCUCCUUUCAGAACCCUUCAAUAGGUCGCCUUCCUUUGGAGGACUAGGAUCCCUCAGUUCAUCGGCGUUCGGAGGGCUUGGGAAUCCGUCACUAAAAUCCCUAACAGCGGUCAAUUCCGUGUUUGGCCAUAAAGAUGGCCCCAACUCACAGCAGCACUUUGGCAGCAGUACCACCAGUCACCACCAGGAGCCCUGGAACCGCCUGCACCGUACUCCACCGUCAUUCCCUACACCCCCGCCUUGGCUGAAGCCUGGAGACUCUGAGAGGAGCACCUCGGUCAGCUCACACGAGAGGGACAGAGAUUCUGAUAAACGGGACUCCAUGGGCAGUAAAGAUGACAAAGACAGGGAAUCGGUGGAAAAACGUCACCCGAGCCACCCCUCCCCGGUUCCGGUGAACCCCAUCAGUCUUCUUGGUCACAGCCGUCCUCCUGAGCACAACCGGAAUCACCUGCCUCCUUCCUCUGGAGACCCUCAGAGAGACAAGGAGAACAAGGCCAAAGACCGAGAGAGGGAACACUCGGACUCUUGGAAGGAGAGCAGCACGGAUGACCACAAGCUCAAAGACAACCAGCACAGCAAUAAGGACACGUCCACUAUCCACGACGGCAGAGUCUCAGAGGACACGGUGUCCAGCAGAGGUGCAGCGUCGCCCUACAUCAGACUGACCAGCCUGGAACAUCCUAAUGGUGGUCUGAGCAGGGAGCUCAUGGACAAAAAGGGAGAACUGCCAUUUGAGCACCAGAAGAAGAGCAGUGAGGUGAAAGUGAAGGAGGAGCGAAAGGAGGAGCAAGAUGGAGCGGCGGAGAAGGCAAGUGAGCACACGUUAGUUCCCUCGACACCAAACCUCCACCCUCCCUCAUCGAUGCCUAUGCCCAUGGGCAUGGCAGGAGUCCAUCCGAUCAACAACAUAAGCAGUCUUGAGAGAACUCGAGUGGUGGCGCCCUUCUUGGGUAUCAGCCCAAUCCCUGGUUCUGAAAGGUUCCCUUACCCCGCUUUCCACUGGGACCCAAUGAGGGACCCCUACAGGGGAUUGGACAUUCACAGACGGGACCCUCUGGCUAGGGAUCUGUUGCUAAGGAAUGAACAUCACCGGCUGGCCGCUCCACGCCUCUAUGAGGCCGAGCGCUCUUACAGGGACCGUGAGCCUCACGACUUUAAUCGUGCGCAUCCUCUCGCCUUGGAGCAGAGGAGGGAGCAUGAGCGUGCUCAGUUGGAGGAACGUGACCGUCUCCUUCGAGAGGACUAUGAGCACGGGCGCCUCCACCCCGCAAUGCACCACCCAGCCCUUGACGGACACCUACCCCACCACGCCCAGGGCCUCAUGGCCCCAGGACUCCCGGGCAUGCACUACUCCAGGGUCAGCCCGUCGGCCGUUGCGGCAGCCGCUGCCCAUCAGAACAGCAUUCUGAACAAAACGCCGCCCACCGCCUCUUUGAGUGCGCCGCCCCCUCUCAUCCCCACGCUCGGCGCCAGGCCGGGCUCGCCCAGACGGACUACUCCCAUGGCCGCUGAUAUCAGAGACAGACCCCCACACAAGGACAUCGAGGCUCGAUGAGCUGAGCCUCCCUCACACUGAACUCCCACCCAGCACUUAGCUUUGGGCAAAGCAAGACUGUAACAUAGCUGUGAAUAACUUAUGUGGGCCCACGCAGUUCAUCGUUUUUGUACAAACCCGCAGACAGAGAUCACAGAACAAACUUUUUUUCCAGUUUUUUGUGCGUGUGUCCAGUCUUUCUAUUGUAUAGCCAAGUGGAGUGGCAUUGAACAGUUUUGGAAUGUACAGAUUCUUUAGCACUGACGGACAAAACGUGUAGAUAACGUGUGCGGUCGCUGUGCUCGCUCUGUAUGGAUCGUGGUACAACAUAUGCAAAGGAGUGAUUUGAAAGCUUUACUUUGAACACAUUUACAUAGAGAGCUAUUUAGGCGGUGAUUCAGAAUGGGUUUUUUGAGGUUCCUUUUUUUCCUGACUGAUUAGCAUUGUACCCCAUGUUCUACUAUGCAACAAGUCACACACCACUCCUGUACAGAACAUCCCCGUUUUGCACCCCCGCAAGUAAUUGAAACGCCUAAAAAUGCCUGUUUGUGGGCAUUUGGGCUAUGUCUAUGGCGCGGCUGUACAUAACAUAGAAAGUGCUCCCUAUUUGCAAUCAACCCCUCUCACUCACGGUGCAAAUAAAAAGUAACACCAGUAAAAUGUAACUGCACCACACGCACUAUGCCGUAUGAAUAUAGACGCCUACACGCUAACACACAUGCAAAGUACUAGUUUAUACUCAUUGGUGAGCCGCAAGGCAUGCUGGGUAUCUUCCGUUGUUUUGCAUGUCAGUUUGUGGGAAAAGUGUUUGCCCCCUUCCUGAUUACUUUUGUUUUGCAUGUUUGUCCCACUUAAAUGUUUCAGAUCAUCCAACAAAUGUAAAUAUUAGUCAAUGACAACACAACUGGACACAAAAUGCACUUUUUAAUUAAAAACUUUUUAUUAUGAAGGGAGAGAAAAAAUCCAAAGCUACAUGUCCCUGUGUGAAAAAGUGAUUGCCCCCGAAACCUAAUAACUGGUUGGGCCCCCCUAGCAGCAACAACUGUAAUCAAGCGUUUGCUAUAACUUGCAAUGAGUCUCUUCCAGCGCUGGGGAGGAAUUUAGCAGAAUUGUUGUCAUUCAGCCACAUUGGAGGCUUUUCCAGCACGAAGCCACAGCAUCUCAACUUGGACUAGACCACUCCAAAGUCUUCAUCCAUUCAGAGGUGGACUUGCUGGCGUGUUUUGGAUCAUUGUCCUGCUGCAGAACCCAAGUUGCUUUCAGCUUGAGGUCACCAACAGAUGGCCGGACAUUCUCCUUCAGCAGAAUUCAUGCUUCCAUUUAUCACAGCAAGUCUUCCGGGUCCUGAAGCAGCAAAACAGCCCCAGACCAUCACACUGCCACCGCCAUAUUUUACUGUUGGUAGGAUGUUCUUUUUCUGAAAUGCGGCGUUACUUUUACACCAGAUGUAAUGGGACUUUUGUCUCGUCAGACCACAGAGUAUUUUCCCAAAGGUGUUGGGGAUCAUCAAGAUGUUUUGUGGCAAAAGUGAGACGAGCCUUCAUGUUAUUUUUGUUCAGCAGUGGUUUUGGUGUUGGAACUCUACCAUGUAGGCCGUUUUUGCCCAGUGUCUUUCUUAUGGUGGAGUCAUGAACACUGACCUUAACUGAGGCAAGUGAGACCUGCAGCUCUUUGGAUGUUGUUGUGGGGUCUUUUGUGACCUCUCGGAUGAGUCGUCGCUGUGCUCUUGUGGUCAUUUCAGUCGGCUAGCCACUCCUGGGAAGGUUCACCACUGUUCCAUGUUUGUCAGGCAACUCCUGUUGAGUGAUUUAUUGAUUGACAACAGGUGUGGCUAGAGAAAUUUAAUUCAGCUAUGUUUUAACACAGGGGGGGCAACCAGGGUCAGGUUUCACGCAGGGUCAUGUAGGUUUGGAUUUUUUUCCUCCCUUAAUAAUAAAAAUUUUCCAUUUAAAAAGUGCAUUUUGUGAUCAGUUGCGUUGUCAUUGAUUCAAAUUUAAAUCUCUUUGAUGAUCUGAAACAUUUAAGGGUGACAAACAUGCAAAAAGCAAGAAAUCAGGAAGGGGGCAAACACUUUUUCACACCACUUUAUAUUACCCGCAUAGUCCGUGUGGUACAGUUCCGAAUAUGCGGGGGUCCUCUGUACACCAAGACAGCAUAACAAGCUGUAUUCUCUCCACAACUUUAGAUUGAAACAAACCUUCUCCAAUACAAAUACAAGCUUUAAAUGAUGCAAAGUGUGCACAUUGGGAGCAGCUGAUGCCGUGUGGAUGACUUGGUAGGACAAUCUGAGAGACGUUUGUGUACUUGGCUGCCAUUUGGGUCGUUGUGGGGGGAAUACAUGGUUAGGUUUGCUCGGUAGAAGGCGUGUAAAGUACAUGUUUCGGAAGUCGGUUCUGUUGGUUACGCAGUGUCUUCAAAGUGCUGUCCUCAGUUGUGGUGGCGACAAAAAAAGCAAGUCUCGACAAUAUUUAGUUUAAAUAAGCAGAGCUCUGUUUUAAAGAAACAGUCUGCUGAGGGUUUAGUGGUGCGCUUCAAACCCUGUGUGUCGUGCAGUGUUACUUUCACUCCACAUGAACCCGAGCCCUCGUGGUUCCGCAACGCAUAUCGCAGAAAGAUUGUUCAGUGACAAACUUUUUUUUUUGCUGUUAACAUGUACAGGUGAAAAAAGGAAAGUCUUUCUAGAUCAUGUACAAAAAUGUCAAAAAAUGAAGCGACUGAAUCUUCAGCAUGCCCCUCAUUUAAACAUGUAAAUUAUUAUUGUUAUGUAAAUGGUGCCAUGUUAUUAAAAAAUGUGUACUGAUCUCGUCUUUGGCUGCUGAGUCCUCCACAUUACAGCUUCUUCUCCGGCAACAAAAGGAAUUUAGCAUUUUGAAGGGAAUAUUCAUGUACACCACCCUCACCGACGCUCACAAGCCUUGGUGAAGUUGGCUACACGUAAGUCAAAGUGCGGCCUGGGGGCCUUUUGCAGCCCGUGGCUGUUUUUUUACUGGCCUGCGGCGCAUUUUAAUGAUAUCAUUUCAAAAGAAAGCUUUGAAAAAAAAGGUUGGUAAAAAAUAGCUGUAAAGUCAUAAUAUUAACAAAAAAAAUUCACAAUUUUAUGAGAAUAAACUCGUAAUGUGAGGAAAAAUAACAAGAGAAAAAAUAAAAAUAUGAGAAAAAAAUUUGGAAGAAGAAAGUUGAAAUUGUUGGAAAAUUAAGCAAACAAAAAUACAACAGCAGAAGUGGAAAAAACAGCUGUCAUUUUUACAAGCAUAAAGAAAAAAUGCUGUAAUCUCACGAGAAAAAGUCUUAAUUUUGUGAGAACAGCAACAUUAUGAGGAAAAUAAAAUGAGUUAAAACAUUAAAAAAGGUUGUUUCGUUUAAAGAUGUAAUUUGAGAAAAACAAAGUUGUUAUUUUUGGUUAAUUAGGUUGGGGAUAAAGUUAUAAUGUUAAGUAAAUAAAGUUUUUAUUUAAUAAAAGAAUAAAUACAAAUGAUUGGAAUAAAGUCAUACUUAUUAGAAGAAAAUUUUGAAAAAAAAAAAGUUGAAAUAGAAAUGGAAGAAACAUUUGUAGUUUUUCAAAUAUUAAAUCAAAAUAUUAAGAGAAAAGUUAAUCUUAU